CUGUACAGUAUUUGUUUUGCAUUUCUUUAUAUUAUUAGCUUAUUAAUGACUGCAUGCUCCUUUCUCUGUUUUAUUUAUCCUUGUUUAUUCAGUGUGUCAGUGUGGUUAACCAGCUAAUAGAUUUGGAUGCACCCCAUCAUGAUGUUAGAUGAUCCCUGAGCUCCUGGACAAUGAGACAGUCUUCUGUGCUUCUGUGGUAGUUUAGAUGCUUAAUGUUAGCACCAAGCUCACUGUAUUUGGUAUAGUGUGUACAAACUUGAUAAUGCAUGAAAAAACCUGGCACUUGAUCGAAUUAUUGCGAAGAAGUAACAUCUCCUUGGUGAUAAAAACAGAUUGCUUUGGCAUUAAGCUUCAUCAGCAGAUAUUUGCCAUUUCAGAAGCUGAUGCUUAAUAUUCGAGACAGAAUAUUUCAUCUAAUUUUCCAUUGCAGACAGAACUUCUUUCCAAUGGCUGAGGAAUUAUUUUCAGUUCCAAAUAAUGACCUUUCUAUUUACAAUGUGUCAACAAAUUUGAAUUCUUAAAUCCAUUGGGAGAUUUGUUGAGAAUACAUAUCAGAAAUUUGGCCCAAGUCCAGCAAUUUUGUGGUGACAGUUAAAGAUACUUGCUCUAAAUAUUAUUUGUUUGACUUUGAGCCUUGAACCUACAUGUAUCUGCACUUUCAAAGCUUUGGUACACACUGGUGAAUGUGCAACAACCCCUUAAAGUGUAACACUGCAUGUCUGUAGUCCCAGCUACUGCGUUUGGUGUGAUUUUGAGACCCUUGUGGCGAUGCCAACACCACCACCAUGCUUAUGACCUUGUGUUACAUCUAUCUCCUUCAUCUCUGGCCUCGGUUCCAUCGCAGACUCAAGGACACCAUCCUUGAAACGGUCGAGAUGUAUUCCGGCAGGGCCAGCGUGGCCUUCCGCAAGUUGGUGCCAGCGAACAUCGCAGAGUGGGCGGAGCUACCUCACCAAGCGUCUCUUCUCUGUGAGGCAUUGGAUCAGAAGAUGAGUACAAACGUUCUUGAAGAAGCCAGAGGAAAGCAGAUGCUCACAAUGGAACCAAAGCAAUCUGUAGAUCUGAGCUAUGAUUGGACUUCAUUCAUUGGUUCGUCUACUCCGGCCCUCAAGGCACCUGUUCCUGUUGCCCCUGCCUCACCCACAUCCUCUAUCUUUGUACUCCUAGAGGCAUCCCCUCCUAAGAGAGAUCGAUACGGACGACUAGCCCUUCGCAAGGUGCCGCCAGACAGGGUGGUGAAAUUCUCAGAGUUGACCACUCCGUUGGCAUGGCGAUCAGGGGAGCCGUUUGGGAUCCUAGUACAAGCCAGUAAGGAGAACUUCUCCAGGAUUGGUACCGCCUACCUGGAGGGCUACCUGGAGCUUGAUGAUGGUCUCCUGGUAAAUCAACUCCUUACUGUUGAGGUGAAGGGACAGCCUUUCAACCUGGUAGACAGCAGACUAAAGAUGGGUGAGAGCCCAUCAGGUACCAUGACACCACCGAUUCCUGCAUCGCCUCACAAAGGUGGCAAACCACAGCUCUUCAGGCAGCCGCAGCAUCAAUCGCUUCGGCGGAAGCAUUCUUCAGAGUUCCUACGCAAGAUGGAGGAGCAGAAGUUAAAGUCUUCUGGUUCCUGGUCAAGCACAGCUGAUGGUAGUGAGGACAGUCCUAAUGUCAGUGAAAGCCCAGCGACAGAUGGUGUGUUCUUCCAGGUUGGUGAUGACAGUGGCAACCUGUCCAACGGAAUCGGGAAGUUGUCAAGGUCUGGGAAGCACAGAGAUGACAGACAUCAUGCAAGGAGUAUGAUGAAUGAUAGCAAACCUCCAAACAUUCUUGUAUACACAGGAUCGGAGACUGAGGAUGAGGUGUUUGCUGCAGUGCAAGCAGCCCUACAACAUUGCCUUGAACAUGACAAAUAUGUCAUUUAUCUCCUGAAACCAAGCACGUUAUCGCAGCCAUGGUCGGACAAUUGCGCCUUGAUGGUCCUCGCAGGGGAGGGUAACCUUCCUGACGAAGCCACUUCCAGGUUUGUCUCCCACUUUAACAAUGGGGGACGCAUUCUGAAUUUUGGACUCCCGUUGUCCCUCGGGGAUGUGAGCUUCCAGGUUGGUGCCCCUACAGAGAAGGAAGUGGAAGCAACCUAUCAGGGUAUUGUAAAGUCUCAGCCAUACAGAGUGCAGGGUUUGAGUGGGCCUGGGAGGCUCCAUGUGAAUGACGGGGAGGGUGAUAAGAACACUGAGGUUAGCAUCUUGGCUCAGGACAGGAUACUACCUAUGGUUGUGAAGGCAUCAGAGAAGUCAAAAGGAGGAAUGGCAAUAUUCUCACAAAUAUGCUUUCCAGAAGGUCACCUUGAGGGUACUCAAGAGGACAUGGCUAUAGACAUGUUGGUUAGAUUGGGUCUGGCUUGUAUCAGCUCUAAGACUACCAGUCAACACAUCAUCCAGCUCACACCAGCAUAUCUGCUAGGUAUCAAUCAGGCAAAUGAACGUUUCCUCAAAUCAAUAACAAGCCAGAAAGAUGCGUCACCCAUCCUACGAGGCACGCCCGUCUCUCUUCAUUUUAUCUACGAUCCAUCUGGUAUCAAACACGUCAGCCCGUCCCUCCUACCGGUCGUCAUAGGGCGCAAGAGCUUACCCAUGGGGUCGCUCUUCAACUUUGAUGUCUAUCGUAACAAUCUCCAGACGAGGAUUCUGGGUAAUGUGGUCCUGUACGCAGAGGUGUUGCCAACAACGAUGGAUGUGUUUGAUGGAUUCAUGUUCAAAGUUCCAGACAACAUUGGAUGUGUAUGCAUAGCAACGAGAAUGACUGGUGGGAAAGGGCGUGGUGGUAACCGGUGGUUAGCUCCCAUAGGCUGUGCUAUGUUCUCUCUUCACGUUCGCAUCCCGUUGAAGACACACCUGGCAGAUAAACUUCCAUUCCUUCAGCACAUCGCAUCGGCAGCAGUAGUAGAAGCCGUCAGGUCACUCAAAGGUUAUGAGGAUUUUGACCUGCGUCUGAAGUGGCCAAAUGAUAUUUACUACGGUAACAAACAGAAGCUGGGAGGGGUCAUUGUGAACUCAUCCUGCCUUGAUGGUGUCUUCCAUGCAAUAAUAGGUAUUGGUGUGAACGUCUCUAACAGUGUCCCAACCACAUGCAUCAAUGACCUCAUCCACAAACACAAUGAAGAGAAGCGUACCAGUCUUAAUCCUGUCACGAUGGAGAUGGUCAUAGCUCGUAGUAUUACUGAGAUGGAGAAGAUGAUCAAUGCUUUCCAAGAGAAGGGAGUGGAGUCUUUCCUACCAGUCUACUAUAGGAGGUGGCUACACAGUGAUGCCAAGAUCAGGCUUGAGAGUGCCAACGGGGACGAGGUAACGAUAACGGGACUGGACAACUCUGGUUUCCUACAGGUCAAGAAGACGGACGGCUCUAUCCUCAGUGUCCAACCAGAUGGGAAUACGUUUGAUAUGCUUAAGAACCUUAUCAGUAUGAAGUCAUCCAAGCAUUGAACUUGGCUGUGGACCCUGUUUCAAAGUACCUGUCGUCAAUGAUAAAGGCUAUGGCAAAGUUGCUCUUGACCAAACAACGGCCUUUCAGUAGCUUGUAACCCGUCAUGGAGAAGAAGCUUGAUGAAACAGACUUGGGCAUGUACUUCAUACACUUUGAUAAUGUCCGAGAUGUAAGUUUAGGCUAUAAAUCGGUUUAAACCUUAGUCUAAGACUUACUUCUUUAGUCUAGACGUAUUGUCAGUGAUGUCUUGAUCUAAGACUUCUGCCAAUGAUGUGACUUCAGGCCAAGUGGUAUUGUCACUGAGGUGUUAAAAUUUUGUAUUUCAAAAUCAGCUUUUGAGGUCAGCUCAGAAAAGCUCACUUUUAUGGAGGAGUCUUCUUUUUGUGGGCCCUGUCCCUUAGGCACUGUGCAGCCUCCAUCAAUUACAUGCCUGUAAAAAAAAAGAGAAGAAUCCUUUUAGUAUUGGUUACAUGGUCGAUAUUGAAUCAGCAUCAGAUUUUUUUCAUCCUUUAAUAAAUUUACACUAUACAUGAAAUGAAAAAUGUGUAUCCUUAUUACAAGGGGGAAAAAGAAAGGAUCUUAUUUCUACAGUUAACUAUGCCUAAAUCUAAUCUGGUCUGAAAUAAUGCUUAGAGUUAGGCAGUUAUUCUAUUUAUAGAAGGUAAACUUAUGCAGAGUCAAAUGUAUUCAAUUUCCUCUUAAGUAUUUUAAAAGCCAUUGGAUUUUGAUUUCGGAACACUUUAUCACAUAAUAAAAUUAACCUCGGACAAGACUUAUCUACUCACCUGAUCAGAAGCUGUUACGGCAGUGGUGCUAUUCCAAUGAUGCUGGAGAGAUCCGCCAGGCCCACUCUCAACAGUCCAAGUUCAGAGGCUUGGUCCUAUUUAUUAUGGCACUUUUGCCAGCUCAAUGAUCUUGAGAUGAAUUUUUGAAGAUCUGAACGAGACCUCAGCACCACACUCGGCACACUGUAAGAUGUUGUUGAUGGUUGGGCUACUUUGCUUUGUCUCAUCUUCAAGAGGUAUGAGGUAUCCUGAGAUAUUAAACAAUGCAAACAUGCAUUGAGGAGUUUAUUCUUAUUUUAAUCUAUUAAACAAUUUUGCCAAUAUCGGUGGCAUACAAGCCUUGUCCUAUGCAACCUUCCAGCCAUGUUAUAAAGAAAGCAGAUCUAUGUGACAUAUUCAUCUGUGCCAGCCUAGAAAAUUUGGAUGGAUAUGAACAAAUUUCUCACUACAUAUUCAUUCUGCUGACUAUAUUGAAUCAUGCAAUGCAGGUGAGACUGUCAGAGGCACACCACUUGUUUAUAAAAUAAUGCACAUUUUAGAAAUUGUUGCGAUGAUGUAGGCAUCUUUAGAUGUUUACAAUAAUACAUGCAAAAGCAUAUUUUCUUAAGUACCCUCAAAUGCAUUGCAUCACGAUAAAACACUCAUAAUUUGCAUUAGGCCCGUUUUGAAAGACCAUUCUUGAUGCACGUGUACACGGCAUGUUUUUCGGUCGUGUACACGUAGUAAACACUGUGAGAGCAAGUUAUGUUUUUAUGUCGACAUGGACCCGCAUCAACAUGUCAUAAAAAGGGGUCUAUAUAUAGCCCAAGUCACGGUUUUAAAGCUUACCUGAGAAU